AUGAGCAAGCUGCGAUUGCAAAAGGAGAACAUCGCUCUCGUCCAGGCAUUCAAAUCCAACGACAUGAAGCGAUUCCACGAAUUGCUGAAAAAGAAAUCGGUCAAGCAGCCCAAGCAGCUGCACCAACCUUCUUCGGACAACGUGUCCCCGACCUCGUCUUCAUCUUCUGUGCCCAUUCUAUCGUCCUCCCCAUCCUCUUCACCAUUAGCUGUACAUCAUACUCUCGCCUCGUCAUCUUCGUCAUCUUCUUCAUCGACCUUCUACUAUCCCAACAUCAACGACUAUGACGAGCAUCGGCAAACGUGCCUCCACGUUGCUUGCACCAACGGCAGCAGCGAUCAGGUGCGAGAGCUGCUCGGCAUGGGCGCCGACGCCAACGCCGUAGACGACCGGUUGUGGACGCCGCUCCACUGCGCCCUGGCCAACGGACACCUCGAAGCCGCCAAGGCGCUGCUGAUCGAGGGCACCGGCUCGGUCAACGUCAACCACGCCAACGAGAGCGGCUCCAGCCCGCUGCACUACCUCGCCAGGCACACAACGCUGAGCGCGGCAGAGGAAGCGCUGUGGGGAGAGGUGUUCCUGCUCCUCAGCCGCAUGGGCGCACAGGUGAACCUGGCGAAUGCACACGGAAUCACUCCGCUGCACGAUGCGUGUGCCACUGGAGCCACCGACAAGGUCAAGCCGCUCGUGCGCAAAGGAGCCGACGUGCACGCUACGAACAAGUACUACAUCUUCUACCCCUCCUCGCACUCGAGGUUCGGUGAAACACCGCUGCACUACGCUGUGAAGUCUGGAGUGUUGGACACGAUCGGGUAUCUGCUGUACAUUGGAGCCGAUCCGUACAAAGAGUCGGAGAGGGGCAACUGCUUCGACUUGGCGUUGCUCUAUCACCCCAAGUCAUCUGGCAUGCACAUAUUCCUGAGCGGCAUCAAGUGCCUUCCGGAGAUCCUCUUCCUGCAGAUCUGCUCUUUUCUCACGGUUCGCGACUGGUGCAACAUGAUGCAGGACGGAUCUCUGACGCUGUACUCUGUUCUCCGUAUUGGCAUGAAGGUCUGCACGACCUUUGCUCGAAUGUGCUCCCACGACGUGUUGUGGAAGCGGGUCUGGGACCAGAACCCGCGCCUCCGUGCAGUACGGAUAAAGACCGACGAGUUCUCGUACAAGGAGCUGGUGAGCGAUUGGUACAACGGCAAGUGGGAUGAAUGGCUCUCCACGUCGCCGAUCAACGAGAAGCCUGAACUGGCUGCAAAGAUACUGCUUGUGGGCGACGCUUCGGUCGGGAAGACCGCCUUUCUCACGCAGUUCAUGGGACGCGCCCCGAAGGGCAAGCUGGACGACACGACUUCGAUGGACCGCACGAUCUUCAUGCACGGGAAACAGAUCACAUUGCACCUCUAUGAGCUGAGCCUAGCGAGGAACACCAACCGAGGCAAAUCACCCUAUCGGGGGAUGAAUGGAGUUGUGCUCUUCUAUUCUUCCAACGACGUCGAUUCCUUCGCAAACCUCCAUCUGUGGCUCGAAGAUGUGCGCCGGUUUUCUGAGAAGCUGCCCGUUGUGGUUGUGGGCACGCACUACGACAUGCCGUCCCCGCUUGUAGAGAGAGAUCAGACCAAGAAAUUCAGCAAAGAGCAUCAAGUGCUGGUGUUUGAGACCGGCAAGGGCAUGGGACACAACGUGCAGCUGAGCCUGCGCAUGGUAGCGGAGGCCAUCCACGACCAGUACGUCCAAAGGUCGGGGGCGCGGCCUGGCGUGGCGCCCCUGACAAAGGGCGUGCUCUAUCAUCCCUUUUGUUGA